GUUCUGCAAAACACCACCUGUUCUGCAAAACAGGUAAACCUUUCCCCCAACCUAACCAGUCGACGUCAUCCCCUUUCACGUUUUCUUACCCGAUACAAUCGAUGAAACCUCUUUAUCCGCAACUCACCUCCUCAAUACACAAAUACUGGGCGGUAGAAUUCAAUUGAGGAGAGAGUAAUCACAACAAUCCUCGUCCCACUGCGCAAUCCUCUCUCUCUCUCUCUCUACAGAGCCGGGUUUUUUGGGACAGUGAGGACCCACCUAAACUCUGAGUGUAUGUAACCACCCACAAGGCCUUCAAAUUCACGGUUAGUUCUAGUAGCAACUUUUGAACAUUGGGCUACCCUUCGGAUUCAGCGAAGAGUUGGGUAGUGUUUUGUGAUGGAAAAUGGGGUUGGGAUUGUUGAUGGGUCUCAUUUGGGAGAGAAGUAUACGGAGAAUAACGAGGAUUGGGAGUUGAGAGAUGAAAAAUGGGCUGAGGUUGUUGGGUCUGAUGAAUCAAAGGACUCAGAAGGAGACGAAUUUUUCGAGGAGGCAGUCGGGUCUGAGAUAGCUAGAGUUCAUUCAGAGGAUAUUGUUGUCAAUGGAGAUGAUGAUGUCGAGAAGGUUGGACGAUUGGGGGGUGGUUCUUUGGAGUUUGAUGAUGAUUCAAAUGUGGAAAAUGAAGUUGAGAAGCUUGAUGAAGAUAUUGUUGUUGACCGAGAUGGUGGUGUUGAGAACGUUGCACAAAUGGAGGGUUCUUUAGGGUUUGACUCGAAUGUGGGAAAUGAAGUUGAGGAAUUUGAAGAGUCAGUUGAAGUUCCUAUUGCAGUUGGUAAUCAUGAGGGGGAGCUACCAAUUAGCGUUGAAGAUAAGUUGGAAGGUGUGGAAAAUGGGGAUCCAGUUGAUGAGGCAGUGGAGAAGGAAGUCAUUGAUGAGGAGAGUUUUGUUGAGAAAGUUGUGAGGGAUGAAUUGAAUCAAAUGGAGAUUGAUGCUACUGCUGCGGGAGAUGGAGGAACUUUGAAAAACUUGAAUCAGGCGGAUGAGAAGUCUGAUGUAAUGUCUGAGAAGUGUGAAAAUGGUAAUACAAAUAUUUUGAACUUGGAAGGAAGUCUGGCUCUUGAAAACUCAGAAAAUGGCUGUGCAAACAAGGAGACAGAGCUGGUUGAUAAAGAAUCACCAUCUGGGGAUGCCCAAAUUGUACUAGGAGGUGAGUCUGAGUCUCAGCCGGAGGUUGGUUCCAUUGGAGAGGUUUUGGAUCAAGCUGGAAAGUGUGAGGAAGUGAAGCCAACUUUGGGUUUAUCUGAUAGUCCAGACGUUGAAUCUUGUUUGGUUAACUUGGAAAACGAACGUGAUAAGAAUGAAAAACCAAAGGACAUGGCUACGGUUGUUUUGGAAAAUCAGGAUGACAGGAGUCCGGAACUGAAAAAUACUUCAAUCACUAAAUAUUUAGACCAACUUGGAACUAGUAUGAAAGCCGACGAUACACUAAAUACUUCUUUCGGGGCAACUGAUAAAAUUUUGAAGGUUGAGAAAUUGCCUGCUUCAGAAGAUUCUGUGGUGAAGACUGAUGAGAAGAUUCAGGCCGGUCCAGCUAAUUUAGAAGUGAAAGAGGUUGAGGAUUCUCAGUUUCUGCAUGGGACUAAGGAUGCCAAAGCUUCCAAUGGUGUGGCCAAGGGGUUUGAAAACAAAGGAGAACAAGAUGAGGAGACCAAACAAAGUGCUCGAGGGAAUAGAGAAGGGGACACCAAACCUGAAGCAAAUGGUUCUGCCUCUUCUACAAAACCUGCAAAUUCCAAGCCUACAUUUGUGCGUCCAGCUGGCCUAGGCCACACCGCCCCACUAUUGGAACCUGCCCCUCGAGUUGUGCAGCAGUCUAGGAUGAAUGGAACGUUAUCUCAGAUGCAAAAUCAACUCAUUGAGGACCCCACAAUGGGGGAAACUGAGGAAAACGACGAGACACGUGAAAAACUCCAAAUGAUAAGGGUGAAAUUCUUGAGACUUGCUCAUAGGCUCGGGCAGACUCCCCACAAUGUUGUGGUGGCUCAAGUCUUGUACAGGCUAGGGCUAGCUGAACAGCUGAGAGGGAGAAGUGGGGGCCGUGUUAAUUCCUUUAGCUUUGACCGCGCGAGUGCAAUGGCAGAGCAGUUAGAGGCAGUUGGGCAGGAACCCCUUGAUUUCUCAUGCACAAUUAUGGUUAUUGGAAAAACGGGGGUCGGUAAAAGUGCAACCAUUAAUUCCAUAUUCAACGAGGUUAAGUUUGGCACCAAUGCUUUUCAUCUGGGUACAAAGAAAGUUCAGGAUGUUGUCGGAACUGUAGAGGGGAUCAAGGUACGUGUAAUCGACACCCCUGGCCUUCUACCUUCGCCGUCAGACCAACGCCACAAUGAAAAGGUCCUGCACUCUGUGAAGCGGUUUAUUUCUAAAACGCCCCCGGAUAUUGUUUUGUAUCUAGAUAGGCUGGACAUGCAGAGUAGAGAUUUUGGUGACAUGCCUUUAUUGCGCACAAUCACUGAGAUAUUUGGGCCAUCGAUUUGGUUCAAUGCAAUUGUGGUCCUAACUCAUGCGGCAUCAGCUCCACCUGAGGGCCCUAAUGGCACGACUACAAGUUAUGACGUGUUUGUCAACCAAAGGUCUACUUUUGUCCAACAAGCGAUUCGGCAGGCGGCUGGGGAUAUGAGGCUUAUGAACCCUGUUUCUUUAGUGGAAAACCAUUCGGCUUGUAGAACAAAUAGAGCUGGACAAAGAGUACUACCGAAUGGUCAGAUUUGGAAGGCCCACUUGCUAUUGCUUUCCUUCGCGUCCAAAAUAUUGGCUGAAGCAAACACACUUCUAAAGUUGCAAGAUAGUCCUCCAGGAAAGGCAUUUCCUACUCAAACAAGAGCACCUCCUUUGCCUUCUCUCCUCUCAUCGCUUCUCCAAUCAAGACCACAGCUGAAACUUCCGGAAGAGCAGCUUGGUGACGAUGAUACCUUUGAUGAUGAGCUGGACGAGCUAUCAGACUCCGAGGAUGAGUCACCAUACGAUAGGUUGCCAUUUAGACGGUUGACGAAGGCUGAGUUGGAAAAGCUCACAAAAGCCCAGAAGAAAGCGUAUUUUGAGGAAAUUGACAAAAGGGAACAGCUUUUUAUGAAGAAACAGUUGAAGGAAGAGAAGAAGCGGCGAAAGAUGAUGCAGAAAUUGGCAGCUGCAGCUAAGGAUUUGCCAAGUGACUACGAUGAAAACGUAGAAGAUGAAAGCAGUGGUGCAGCAUCUGUUCCAGUUCCCAUGCCUGAUUUUGCCUUGCCUGCUUCUUUUGAUUCCGAUAAUCCAACUCAUCGUUUUCGCCACCUUGAUUCUCCCAACCAAUGGGUUGUGAGGCCUGUUCUAGAUAAUCAUGGGUGGGACCAUGACAUUGGUUAUGAAGGCGUAAAUGUAGAAAAGCUAUUUGUUGUUAAACAAGCAAUACCUGUGUCUUUCUCUACUCAGGUUACAAAGGAUAAGAAGGAUGCCAAUCUCCAGAUGGAAAUAUCUAGUUCAGUGAAACACAGCAAGGGCAAGGCAACUUCAUUAGGUUUUGAUAUGCAGACUCUGGGAAAGGAUAUGUCUUAUACUUUACGGAGUGAAACAAGGUUUAUUAAUUAUAGGCGAAAUAAGGCAACAGCAGGUCUUUCAGUUACUCGUUUGGGUGAUGCCUUGACAGCAGGAAUGAAAAUUGAGGACCAGUUAAUCAUUAACAAACGAUUGCAUUUGGUUAUGUCUGGGGGUGCUAUGACGGGUCGUGGUGAUGUUGCUUAUGCCGGCAGUUUGGAAGCCACUUUGAGAGACAAAAAUCAUCCUUUCGGUCGUUCGUUGUCAACUUUUGGGCUUUCUGUUAUGGAUUGGCAUGGAGAUCUUGCUAUUGGAGGAAAUUUGCAGUCUCAGAUUCCUAUUGGACGGUUUACAAACUUGAUUGCACGUGCCAGCUUGAAUAAUCGGAAUUCUGGGCAGGUUAGUAUUCGGUUGAACAGCUCAGAACAGCUUCAAAUAGCUUUGAUUGGGCUGCUACCUCUUGUCAGAAAGCUACUAGGUCAUCCACAACAAUAGGGGUUUGGACAGUGAUGGAAAUUAAGUCAUGUAUGCUGCAGCAGCUGUUCGGUGAUCGAAAUGACUUCCAAAUACUGAGUGUAACCAUGCUGCAUGAACCAGAUGCCGCGUGAGAUGGGCCUUGACAUGCUUGCGCCUUGGUGGGACAGUAGUAGCUUUGGCCAUUGUCCUCUUCCCAGGUUCCUCUGCGGGUUUGGAGGUGUCUAUGGUCGCGCCCAGGGCAAAUAUCAACUCUGUCAAUCCUCUUCCCGCCCUUGGCUUAGGAAAAAAAGACAAAGUGUAACUAUGCUGUUAAUUUUUUUUUCCUGUUCUCAAUGCUUUAGUUAUAGCGGUUUUAGUUUUCUUGUUAGAUAUUUGCAUUUCAGUGUGAUCUUUUUCCUGUCGAGCUUAAAUAUUGACAAAGGGAUGUUUUCUCCCCCUGUCAUUAUUUGAUUAUGGGUGUGGAAUAAUUUCUUCUUUUUGGUAUUUUGGCAGUUCUAGUUUCUAUGAAAGCCUCUUGAUUCAAAAUAA